AUGGGAAAACUAGUUGCCAGUUAGAGUGCUCCGAGGUUGGUUCGUAUAAAUAUUCUACGGCCACUCCGAGUGGACAUCAGUUAAGUCUUAGCUUUUCACUAGAACUACGUUCUCUAAUCAACUAAAGAUCCAAAAUGUUUAAGGUGCUAGCCCUGGUUGCCUGCUUGCUGGCGGUUGCUAUUGCUGAUGAUUACCACAGCCAUCCCAAGUACAAGUUCGAGUAUGGAGUGAAGGAUCACCACACCCACGAUCACAAGAGCCAGUGGGAGCACCGGGAUGGGGACCACGUCAAGGGCCAGUACACGCUGGACGAGGCCGAUGGAACGCACCGAAUUGUGGACUACAGCUCGGACCACAAGACCGGAUUCCAGCCGCACGUUCAGCGCAAGGGCCAUGCGCAUCACCCCCACGGGGAAAGUUACGCCAACAUCCAUCAACACUACUAAGGACCCGAUCGGAUCUCAAACCAAAGAACUAGCUCAAAUUUUGAAAAUAUAGGACAAUUUAUUUCGAAA